GCUUGCAGCAGGUGCGACUCUUCGCUCAGCCACCCGCGCCGCUUGCCGAAGAGCUCACCGCUGCAUUGCAUGUGGCAGAUCCGAAGGAUGUGGCGCGGCAGUUCCGGCUGUUUCCGACGGUGGCGGGUCUUUGGCACCUCCGAGGCGAGGCCAUCCUUCAGGAAGAUGUGGUCAUUCCAUUCCGCUCCUGGCCUUUUGAGGUCUUGGGAGGCACGACCUCUGCGCAGCGCAGCUUCUCAGUGCAGCCUUCCCGAGUGAUCACGGGCAUCUCCUUCGAUGUGCCGAUAUUUGCUUUCGAUUUGUAUGAGAACCCCGCAGAGACGGGGAUGGACAUCUUCCGGCUGAAGAUGAUGGGUGGCUACGAAGAGCGCCUGGCCUUCGAGCC